GAAAGACCAACGUAGUCUUCGGUCCGUGGUCGGUGGGCUUGCACGUUUAAAUUGUGCUUCGUAUCGUUCACACCUGCCUCUUAUAAAUUAAUGAUAUCAUUGUAGUACUUGAAGUGUUCCAUAGAAAUUAGCUGCCGUGCGAAGUUAUCAAAUUGAGUGGGAACUCUGUUCUCGGUACUGACUGCAGUGAGUGAAGUUCCGGCUUAGGUCGAUGGAGUGUUUCAGUGCGGGCUGUGUUUACGAAAGACAUGGUUAGCAACACCCACAUGGAAUGCUGAAGCUCGAAGCAACCUAUUAACUACAUACAACUGGCCGUUUAAGUGGCAAUUAAGCAUAAAGACGUUUCCUCGCCAGAGUUUAGUAGGGUUGGCUGCUAAUUCCGAAUAAACGAAAUUGCAUCGCUCAGUCGUGAAUGUGCUUACCAAACAUCCUACCUAUAUGGCAAUCUGCGGAAAACUAAGAGAAAAGUAAAGACCCCUCCAUAUAGCCAAUCUCUUUCCUUCGAUGAUUCAGGAUUCUGCGUGCUCUAUGCCGUUUGGUUGACAAUAAUACCAGGAGAAUUGUGCAUUGCAUUUGAUAAACGUGGUUGAAGUACUUGGGAGUUAGUCUCACUUGAAUAGUCUACACGGAUGCAAGUCAGGACUUCUUUUAUAUCACUGGAUCAACGGAAUUCAUUAGUUGUGGAACCAAUCUGUGCGAAGCGAAAAAAAUGCGAUAUCGAACGAGACCGAGAUAGAGAAAUUAAAUCAAUGGAGCCUAGGGAUCUUUCCUCAACAGGACGAAUAUUUAGUAGAAAUGAUAUUAAGUUAAGCUCAUCACCAACAGUAUCACCAACGAUCUCAAAUUCAUCAUCACCCACACCAACACCACCGACCACAACUCCGGUUUCAUCUAUUGUGGGUGCAUCAACACCGGCCGGUCCAUCAUCAGGGUCAAAUGCGUACUUGCACACCAACCAUAAGCCAAUCACAGGCAUCCCUUGUGUCGCAGCAGCAUCACGAUACACUGCACCAGUCCAUAUUGAUGUCGGAGGAACAAUUUAUACAAGCUCGCUGGAGACCCUCACCAGAUUUCCAGAUUCGAAGUUAGCAAAACUUUUCAACGGGUCAAUACCCAUCGUCCUAGACUCUUUGAAGCAACACUACUUCAUUGAUCGCGAUGGAGGCAUGUUUCGACACAUCCUCAAUUUCUUGCGAAACGCCAAACUUUUGAUCUCAGAAGAUUUUCCUGACUUUGAUUUAUUAAUGGAAGAAGCUCGAUAUUUUGAAAUUGAUCCAAUGGUUAAGCAACUCGAGCAGAUGAAAAAGGAUCGCGUUCGAAAUGGAAACUACCUAUCGUCCCCACCACUGCUCAGCCGUGUGAAAUCCAGUCCACGUACAGGAUCCCAGGAGUAUUUAUAUGAAGUUGUCGCUCUGCACAUAUCUCCGGACUUAGGAGAACGCAUCAUGUUUUCCGCUGAACGAUCAUUGCUUGAAGAAAUCUUCCCAGAGUCAAGUCAGGCUGCUCAAAAUGCUCGUUCCGGAGCUGCUUGGAGUCAACCAGAUUGGCGACAAGUCAUUCGAUUCCCCUUGAAUGGCUACUGUAAAUUGAAUUCCGUGCAAGUGUUAACACGGUUAUUAAAUGCCGGUUUCACCGUUGAAGCUAGUACAGGUGGCGGAGUUGAAGGACAACAGUUCUCUGAAUAUCUACUUAUACGAAAAAUCCCUAUGUGAUAGUUAAUGAAAUAAUUACUACAAAAUAAUCUUAAAUUUGGAAAGUUCGCUCCGUAAAGACAACCAAUAUAUUUACAAUUCUGGUAAAGGCAGACUUCAUUUCUCAAGAUCAAUUAUUCUGACUAUUCUCAAUUGAAGGCAAAACAGGAAUUGCUUUAUACUAUAGUCAAGCGUCAUAUCACAACCCUUCCAAUUUCGAUUAUCGAUUAUUUGAAUAAACAAAUUAUUUCACCCAUAAAUAAAACAUGUUACAGUUCAAAAUUAGUUUAUAAUUGUGUAUCAUUGUAAGGUUAGUUUAAUAUGGAGGCAAACCGCCUCUCAAAAGAACUGAAUUUAUUUAUACCCUGUAAUUUUGUUAAAUAAAAUGAGUAUUAAAAUA